AUGGGCGAGAUCGGUACAAAUAUGCUCCUGCAGAGGAUAGCUGAACAAGCCCGCGAGCAGAGAAUGAUAUGCAACGCAGUACUGGAGAAUAAAUUCCGAAAGCUGCCCAAUCCAACGUCGCCCAGAAACGACAAUCUGGUGCACAACCUGUCGCCAAAGGAGCUGACGAAGGGUCAGGUGCAGGUUUUACGGCACGAAGUUUCAUUUAACACUAUAAACGCCAAACAUGUUAACAUGAUUGCAGCAGUGGAAUCAAUCCUUUGUCAGACGGAGGCAACGGAGGAGACUAAGAGCCUUGUCCGACACAAAAUGUCGUCUCUCCUAAUGGCCAACAGGCCGCGGGAAGUGCUUAACAAGGUCGAAGGUGAUGCGCUUAGAGAAUUCAAGGCUGACAAAGAUUUGGUCAUCGUGCCAGCGGACAAGGGGCGCUCCACGGUUGUGCUGGACAGAAGAGACAAACUUCAAAAAUCCAAAGGUUUACUGGAGGACCGACAGUUCUAUGACCCAUGUGCAACGAACCCUGUAGAAGCGCUGACACGCGAAAUUAAUGCACCGUUGAUGACCUUGGAUAAUUCAGGUGCAAUUACACCGACCGAUAGACGCAUGGCGAUACCCCACAAUACGGCUUUCGCCUGUUUCUAUGGCCUCCCUGAGGUGCACAAAGACGGCGCUCCUCUCCGACCCAUCAUGUCGCUCAAAGGUACUCCAACGUACGGACUGGCUAAGAGGAUGAUCCGGCGUCUCAAUUUCCUGACCACUUAG